AAAAUUACAAUAAAAUAACUAAAAAAGGAAAAAUUUAAAGAAAUUUCAGAAGCAUAUAAAAUUCUUAGUGUCGAAGUAAAAAGGAAAGAAUAUGAUUAAAUGAUAAAUGAAUAAAAUUAUAAACUUAAAAAUAGCUAGUUUUAUGAUUUUUAAAAAAACGUGAAUAGUAAAAUAAAUAAUAUUAAAAUUAUCAUGGAUAAAGAGAAUAUGAAAAUUUUUAUGAAAAUCUUAAGCAAAAAUCAAAAUAUUAAACAAAAUAAGAUUAAGAAUAAUAUAAAACUUACUAAGAUUAUAAAGGUUUUCAAACUAGAGAUUUUUCUAUGGAUACUAUGGCAAGGGAAGGAUUAUGGGAAAAUAUGAAAGACCAUCCUGAAUUAUGGAUUCUAACGUAAUAAUACAAAAUAAUCUGUUUUUUUUAAAACAUAUUAAAAUUAAAUAGUGGAAUAAUGGGUGCUUUAUUUAUUAGGUGGGCAAUUAUUGCAAAUUAAAAUUCUUAAAAAUAAUCAGGUUCCUUAAAAUAUACUUCUGAUGAUGAUUUUGAAGAUGCUCCUCCUAGAGGUAAAAUAGUCCUUAAUGAAAAAGAUGUUUAAGGAUUAAGUAUCGAAGAUCUUAAUGAAAUUAAUUUAAGUGGAAAAUAUUCAUUACCUCCAAGAAUUAAGGCUAUUGUUUUGGAAUAUCGAAGUUUAGGUUAACUUUAUGGAAAAGGUGAAAUUAAUG